AAAUUUCCGGCCACAUCGUCCCAUAAGGAAUAAACUUCUAUUUACGUCUCUCUUCUCUGAUUAUACAUUGGUCUAACAAAAAUUUUUUAGUGUAUUCUUUAAUUUUCGUGACGUAGUUCUUCAAGAAAAGACAUUCUAUAUAUUUUACCAUUAUUUAUAUAUAUUUUAUAAGUCAUUUACAAAAAACAAAAAAAAUUCAUAUGUCUUAAAAAGUAGCAUUAUUCAAGUAAUUUUUAGGAUCAAUAAACAUUUAGAGUAUAAAACUAAUACAAAAAGUUGCUUGCAUUGUUGUUGUUUUCGAAGACGUGAAUUAUCAAAAGCUAUAAAACAGAAAUAACAAUUAUAAUCAUUCUUGCAUGAAAAGAUGACAUUCACGCCAUUCCAAAAAUAUUAAUAUCGUAUCUUUCAUUUGUACUCACAAAAUUUAUAUUCAAAAUAUAAGAAUUUAUACAGAACAAAUUUUUAUCAAUGAUCUUCUAAAGACAAGUAUGAAUUGAAUAAAUAUAGUCUUGACUCUGACAUUAAUCAAUGACUCAUCCGGUAUCAAAGAAACAUGGAAAAAGAUAAGAUUUGGUUGUUACUAUGUAAACCUUGCUCGGUGACGUUAAAAAAAUUACCAGAUUCAGUUAUUAAUAAAUGGAGAAAAAGGACUACACAACAUCGUCAACCUUAUGCGAGUCGUAAAAGAUCAGGAGAUAAAGAAAUAUAUAAUUGCAGAUUAUUGAGACCUAAAAGGAAACUACAAUAUAGUCAAGAUGCUAUUGAUUGUAUCCCAUAUCCGUACGAUGAUGAAGAUGAAAAAGAUGAAUACAAAAAAAAUGAGAAUGAAAAUAUUAAUCUCGGUGAAUUAGUGAUAAAAUCCAACAAUUCACCACCAUUGCCAAAGAUAAAUGAGGAUGAUAGUAUCACUCCAGUGUGGAAAUACAAACGAAAAAUAACAAAAAUCUCCACAAAUUUAAAUGAAAAAAUACAUGACAUUGAUAAUCAUCAAUCAUCAAUUCAACAAGCAUUGCAAGAUUUAAGGUUCAAUGAAGGUAAUGAGACUAAUAUUAAAGCUCCAAUGAAACGAGAAUUGAAAAUAAUUUUAUGGAGAUUAGAAGAUUUGAAUGAUAAUGAUGUUUAUUUAAAUGCAUGGAAGUCUAAAAAUAAUUUACAAAAAACUGCAAAUAAAGUUUUUAUAAACCAAGAAAUAGUUCAAGAAAAUAUAUUGAAUAAUAAUUCUUGCAAAUUGAAAGUGAAAUGUAAAUUAUCUUCAAAAUCUUCCGAAUCAAAUAGCAAUAUAAGUUCUAUUGUAUUAAGAACAGAAAAAGAAAUACCUGAUAAAACUACUUUUAUUACAUCUGCAAAUUUGCAAAAAUCUUCCAUAGGGAUUACUAAGAAUGAGACAUUAAUAAGUAUGUCGGAAAAAGAAAGUAAUCUCAGUGAUAAUGUACAAAAAGUGAAUGAAAAAAAAAUAAUCAGAAUUGUUAAUAACGAUGAUUCUGUUGACGAUGAAUUAAUUAUAGAUGUUGAAAAUAAUGAAGAAACAACAACUAAAACGAUUUCUGAUACUGAUAUAAACAUUAUUACAAAUACAACUUCUACGAUUAUUUGUUCAUGCCAUUCUGAUAAUCGAUUAAAAAAUGAAUCUAUUGUUCAAAUAGAAAUGGUUCUUUAUUGUGAAAUAUGUAAUACGCUAUUUCGACGAAGUGAAUGUUUUGAAAUUCAUUAUCGUUAUAGUUCUAAAUGUAACAAUAAACGUGGAAAGGGUAGAUUACCCAAGUUAUUUUGUAGCACGUGUCGAGUAAUUCUUCAUUCAUUAUCAGAGAUGCGUAAGCAUUUAGAAGAGCACGCUAAUAUUAAUUUUCAUCGCACUGUUACAUUUGUCUGUAAUAUAUGUCGAGUUGUAUUUUUUGGUGUUGGCACUGUAUUUUGUACUCAUUGGUUUACUCAUGAAAAAGAUCCUACAUUUGUUGCAAGCCGUCACUCUUUUCCAAAAUUGUGUGUUUCACAUCAAGGAAUAAAACCAGCCGGUGCUGGAAUAAAUGAACAAUAUCUUUUUGUAGCUGAGUAUGUUUGUCGAUUAUGUAAAUUACAAUUUACGUCUGACGGUGAAUUGUCAAAGCAUACAUGUAAAAAUCCGUUGGAAAAUUCAGAAGGUAAAACUAAAAAUCAGAUUGAGAAAAAAAUGAAUACUUCAAGAGCAAAAGAAACAGAAUCUGCCAUAUUAAAAGGUUCCGAAUUGUCAGAAAAAGAUUACAUCGAUGGUCUGAAACUAGUUUUUUCAUGGAAUUGUGGAUUUUGUAAUAAACCAUUUUCUACGUGGACUGAAUUUGAGGAACACAAUUUAAACCACUUAAAAGUAAAUGAAUAUCCAGGCUAUUCAUGUUUUCUACGACAAAAUAGUCAACCUGCAUACAUUUGCAAUAUAUGUAGACAUCUUAGCAGUAAUUUAUCUGAUUUAAUGAAACAUUGGGCUUCACAUGAUAUUAUUAAAUUCAUAUGUAAUUACUGCAAUGAAAAAUGGUCAACUCUAAAAUUGUUUAUUAUACAUAUUCGAUCAUCAUGUUGGAAAUUUAAACCAGGCUGUUCAGUGGUGUUGAAUAAUCAACGACCCUUUUCAAACGUUAGUCAAACGAGAUUUGAAAAUGUUGAAGAAAUGAUACAACACGAUAAUCAUAAAUCUAAUAGUGAUAAUAAUACAAAAAUAAACACCGUAGAGGCUACAAAAACACCAAAAAAACCAUUUCAACCAUUAAUAUCAAAAGACAACAUUAAAGUUCUAAAUACUUCAAAUUUCAAUUUAACUACUACAAAUGAUUUAAUUGUCAAUCAAUCUGCUGUGAAUUUUGAUCAAAAUAGACCAAUACUACCUAAUGAAUCAACUUUAAACGUUUCUAAUAGUUUACGGAAGAUAACCAAAUCGAUUUCUUCAGAGAAACAAAUAAAUUUAAGUAAUAAUACAAUUAGUAACACAAUGUCUUCCAAUACAAACUUAUUGAACAAUGCCACGAUUGAUUGUGUAAAUGAUAAUCCAGUUCAGUUAGUGUCUUUGAUAUUGGAUGAAUUGGGAAACAUUCAAGUUGUUCCAAAUAAUUCAGGAAUUAGUAUUUCUAAAAGUGGUUCAACUUUUCAAGGACCACAAGUUAUUACAAAUAGUUUACCAAUUUUGAGUAGUUCUAAUGAAAUUAUUACUACAAAUAACAUUGGAUCUGUUGUAAAUAAGCUUGUAAUAAAAGUUGUAAAUAGUGGACAGACCAAUACUCCCACUAAUAAAAAUACAUCAAUUGUUGAACAGUCAAGACUGAUAACACCAAUAAAUGAUUCUAAUAAAGAUGAAAAGAAUGAUAAAAGUCAAGAAAAUGUAUUGAGCAUACGAUCUCAAGAGAAAGUUACAAUUCAUGAAGUUGCAAAAAAAAAUACAAACACGACUACAGUUUCAAGUAAAAAUGUGCCAGAUCCUAUAAUAGUUGAUUCUUCUUCGAGUGAUCAUGAUAGUGAGAUAUUGGUUGAAAAAAUAUGCCCUAGUUCAGAUAAUAACCAUGUUAAUGAUACUUCUAAAGAUACUCCAACUGACAUACCAAAAAAAACAGAUGAUGAAGUAAAAAUCAUAGGCACUUCUCCAAGUAAAACUGAUUCUAAUCCUCGUCCAUUUUUACGAGUAAAAAAUUUUUCAGAGCUUCAAGCUGUUAAAAAUCAUACAUGUAAUCAAUGUCGAGCUGCUUUUGAUAAUGAAACUUCAUUGAAUGAGCAUUUAAAUGCUCAUAUGAACAGUUUAAACAGAAGAAGUGGCAAUCCAACAAUGCGAGCUGCUCUUGUUUUACCAGUAACAGAUACUGCUUCAAGUAACUCCCCUAAUAAACAAAGAGUCACUCAUGUUACAUCAAAUAUUGUAGGAAAAAGAAUUCUUCCUCCUAUACCACAAAGAAUUCGGAAUGUUAAUGCCAGAAUAGCAAUGCCUUUAGUUAAUCGCAAUUCUACUGAAGAACGAGUCAAUAGGAAUUUUCCGCAAGUAAUGGCCGAAUUUUCCUGUCCACUGUGUAAUUUUUGUACUACUAAAGAGGAAGAAUUUCAACAACAUUUAGUACUUCACUACAAUGAGACUUUAAGUAAUACACAAGAUGUUUCUACAAUUGUGAGUAAUCCAAGUCAAUCUAAAAUAAUUUCUCAAAUUCCUAAUACUUCUCAAAUUGUAAGUCAUUUUGCACCAAACUCAUCAAUUGCAACUGUGACGUCAGUUGAUUCAGUGAAAAACAGACCAAAAAUGUUCAAUUGUAAGUUAUGUUCUUUUGCAACAUUUGAGAAAAACGACAUUAUCACACAUGUUGCAACUCAUUGUACAAGGCCGCCACAAUUUAUAACCAAUGUUCAAAAUCGCAAUGAUACUCUACAAUCAUCAGUUUAUUAUCCACCAGUGAAUACUAAUGCUGCUACUUCAUUAUGCCCAAUGUACAACUGCUCAACUUGUCGCAAUUUCCAAACUAAUUCGUACGAAGAAUUAAAUAAACAUAUUAGAGAUACACAUUUUAUUUCUCAAAAAUUUACGACUUAUCUACAUUGUACUCAAUGUCAGUUGUAUUUUACUAAUGAUGAGACACUGAAAAAUCAUAUAAAUACUUAUCAUAUGAACUUUUGUAAAGUUUGUCUACGACGAUUUGAAAACUAUACGGAUUUUGUAAAUCACCUUUGUUGUCCACAAAAAUGGAAAUAGAAUCAUAAACAUUGUUAGACGUAAAUAAAUUUGUUUACAAUUAUUUUUUUCAAUCAGUUAUUUAAUUGAAAUAGUCAAUACAUUAAAACAUCAAUCAUGGUUUAUUAUAUUAUAAGAAAGACUUAACUAUUUUUUUA